AUGGAAAUUGAUACAAAUUCACACUCUUUCCCUCGAAAAAUUAACGAAGAGAAUGCUUCGCCUGAAAUUGUUGUGACAAAUGGAAGUGAAGGGAAAACACUUAAAAAUUUGAAUUUCAAGAUUAGUAAAGGACUAACAGUGAUCAGUGGCAAUGUCGGAAGUGGGAAAAGCUUGCUUUUGAAAAUUUUCAUUCAAGAAAAUGAGCUGAGUCAAGGCAAUUUGAAAAUAACAGGACGUAUUUCUUACGCUUCCCAGAAACCGUUUCUUUUCCCUUCUACGAUCAAACACAACAUUUUGUUCGGGUCAAGCUAUGACAAAAACCGGUAUUUGGAAGUCCUCCAAGUUUGUGAUCUCUUAACAGAUUUGAAUCGUCUGGAGAAAGGAGAUUCAACAAUAGUUGCCGAUCAAGGAGCCAAUUUAAGCAAAGGACAACAAGCCAGGAUCAACCUAGCAAGAGCUGUUUAUAAGGACUGCGACAUUUAUCUACUAGAUGACUGUUUAGCUCACUUAGAUGUCCUUGUAGGAAACUUUAUAUUUGAAGAGUGUUUGAGAAAGUUUCUUAAAGAUAAACUCGUGGUUCUGUCUUGA